CUGCUGCUUGUAAAUGCAGUUUAGCCAAGCCAUGGCCAUUUCAUUUCUUAUUAAUUUAGCUUAGCUCGUAGCUUAACUUUGCGCUGCGUUUGGUGUCUCGAAGUAGGCAAUAGAAAAAUAAAAAUAUAUAAAUCAGAAUUAUAAAAUAUUCGUUGCGGUCUUUACGCACAUAGUUUUGUUCAUGAUUUUUAAGUAACUUUAAUUAGUGAUUUUAUACAAUUGUUGAUAAUUGGUAAAGCGUUGUGUUUAAAAAUAUUGUUAAAAAAGCACAGGAGUUAAAGUAAAGAUUUUCUAGUGUUAUUUGAACAAUUAUCGAAAAAUAUGGCUUCAGUACGAUAUACUCGUAAUCUUUUUUUAAGAGCUAUGUGUGUUGUUUAUAUGUUUGCGUUUAUAUCGUUUUACAUUCAAAUACCAGGAUUAUAUGGUGAUAAUGGAAUUUUACCCGCAAAGGCUGUACUAGAAAAUAAUAAAUACAAAUCAUGGUCUGCAAAAGUACAUUAUCAACCAACUCUCCUAUGGUUUACUCCUUAUUUAGGUCUCAAUACGCAAUAUGCUCUAGAUGUCUUGGCACUACUUGGUUCAUUUUUAGCUUUUACUGGUUUUGUGUCUCAAAAAUUUUGUACCUUUCCAUUGUUUGCGGGCUUGUGGUCAUUAUACUUUUCUUUAUACCAAGUAGGACAAGUAUUUGUAACUUCACAAUGGGACAAUUUGCUUUUGGAAGCGGGAUUUUUAAGCAUUUUGGUCGCACCUUUAUUGCUAGGUAAGCGUCGAGGAUCAAAAGGAUCCCCCAGUGAUAAUAUCUGCUUGUGGCUAGUCCGUUGGUUAUUGUUUAGAUUUUUACUUUCCUCUGGCCUUGUCAAAUUUCUUAGUGGAUGUCCAAGAUGGAGGGAUUUGAGUGCGUUCAGUUACCAUUUUGAAUCCAUGGUAAUUCCUUCUCCUCUAUCAUGGUACUGUCAUCAUUUACCUGUUUGGAUUUUACGUUUAACAGCAGUGUAUGCAAAUGUUUGUGAACUUGUACUACCAUUUUUAUUGUUUGUUCCUAUCAGAAGUGUUCGUAUCACAACAUACGCAUUCCAAAUAUUCCUUCAGAUUUGCAUUGUUCUCACUGGCAAUUUCAACUUUGUAAAUAUUCUUGUAACGACACUCUUGCUGUCUUUACUGGACGACAGGACGUUCUUUGGGAAGAGACGAUUUGAAGAGAAAAAAACCUACUCAGUUUUGGGAAAAGUUGUAAAUGUAGCUAUUUAUGCAGUUAUCCUAUAUUAUAUUGUUAUCUUAUACGAUUUGAAAAUUAAUGGUUCCCAAAUCGACUCAAAAAUAGCGUUUAGUAUGGAUCAGUUCGAUAAUGCUGUGAAGCAGGGUCUUCUAGUAGCAGUGUAUUUUGGUCUUGCUUCUCUUGGUCUAACUAUUGCCCGAGCAAUAGCUGUUGCUGUAUCCGACUCACCUGCAACCACCUCGAAAGUCAUCUCGCUUAUUACCACCGUUUUCUAUGCUGUACUAGCAACAAUAAUAUUUAUAUCGAGCACCGUGCAAGUCGUUUCGCUACAUAAAGCAACGAAUUCUACGGUACCUCAGUCGCUUCGUAACUUCCAAAAUCGUAUUUCGAAGCUUCACAUCGUCAAUAAGUACGGCCUUUUUCCUAAAAUGACCGGAAUUGAUGGACGGCCUGAAAUUAUUCUCGAAGGAUCUAACAAUAUCGAAGGACCCUGGCAGGAAUACAGUUUUCUUUAUAAACCAGGAAAUGUGAAUCAUUCGUUGCCGUUUGUAGCUCCUUAUGCGCCGCGUAUCGACUGGCAAAUGUGGUGGGCUGCACAAGAGAACUACCAAUCGCAUCCCUGGUUUGUGUCUUUUGUUCAUCGGCUUCUUUUAGGACGACCAGAAGUCUUAGCACUGCUCGACAAAAAUCAUUCACCUUUUCAAGACAAGCCUCCUAAGUAUAUCCGAGCAACAUUGUACAAAUAUAAAUACACUUCUUGGAGCCAAAGAUGGCAGCCUAUGUGGUGGUCUCGUGUGAAAGUGGGAGAAUAUUUUUCGCCAUCCACCAAGGAAUCUCCUGAGUUGAUAGAUUACUUGAAAGCCCGCAACUUAUUACCAAUCGUUGAUAAAGAGACUGUUAAUCCAAUUUGGAAACAAAUAUUAGAUGGCGUUCGAUACGUUGCUUCUCAUUUCGAGGCUACGUUACUUUUAUGGUCCGUUUUCACAGCUGGUUGUGCCAUCAUAACCACCAGUGCAAAAGGAAAGUAAAAACUAUCUCUUACUUAUUCAUUUUUUUUUUUGUGGAUCAUGUGUGGAAUGUCAUUUUUAAGAACUUUUACUUUAUUUUGCUCUCUCUCGUUCUCACACUUUUAUUUACUUUAGUUUUGUCUUUUUCGUAUCAGUUAAGAAACGUGUAAAAUAUCGAAAGUAAUGUGGCAGGCAUUACAAAAGUUUAGUUAUGUAUGUGUCCAUUUCGAUAAUCAUUUUAUUAAAUUUUUUCACUAUAAUUUGAAAGUUAUAAUUCAAACAUUGAAGUGAUUAUAUAUUUAAUAAUCUCAAGUAAGGUAAAAUUAUUUUUAGAAUAGUCGGUUUCUUCUUCUUUUUUCAAUAUCACACCAGCUUUUCAUCAAAACUUAUACAAAGCAAUAAUAUUUUUGUUGUUACUUUUGCGUUUACUAUUUUAAAUAAAACCUAAUUACUAAUCUGAUAAGACUGCUUUAAUACACUUAUUAUUUUGUUUUUUAAUGUAUUCCAUGGUCUCUUAUUAUCAUCAUUGAUUGCCUUAUUCAUUUUUGAAGAGCAUAUUUCAUCAUUUUAUGAAAUUAUUAUUUUGCAAUUAGCUUAUAUUGUACUUAAAAGCAAUUAUUUUAGUUUUCAACCACAAUCACCUCAAAUUAUUACAUUAUUUUACGAGAGGCUUUAAUGUUUUUUGUACCUACUAUCUUUUGAAACGUAUUAUGAAUUAAAUCAAAGUCGCAACAAAAACAAAUAACAAAAUAGUUAUUUUAUGGCUAUAUUUAUAAAUACAAUCUUAAAAAAAUUGAAUUAAGCUAAUGAGAAAAUGUUACUUACCUUAUAUUUUUAAAUUAAUUUCACUACCUCUUUAGUAUUCAAUUUACAUUGCCUAUUAAUCAUUUUUUUAAAAUGUAGUUUUUUGUCCUAAAUAAAAUUUUUAUUUCGUCAUUUGCACCUGGUUUUUGUUUUUUAUAAAUUAUUGGCGUAUUUGUAAUUGUAUGCGCCGCAGUAAAACGUUAUUUUUUGUAUCAAAAAUUGUAUUAAAAUUAUCGCGUAAUUAAUUUCAACAAUAAAAGAUUUGACUUGUAAGAUUUGUAAUAGUAUUCUGUUAAAAUGAUCUCUUAGGAGUUUUUUGCGAAUACAAUGUGAAUAUUGUGCAUUUUAAUAGUAAAUUAAUAAUCAAUGUCUAAAAAAUGUAAAGAUGGUUGUAUUAUUUUAUUUCAGAUAUUUUUUUUAUCUAAUGAAUCUUAAGAGAAUGUAAAUCAUUAAGUGAAUGUAAUAUCUUUAUAAAAAUAAAGUUGCACUAAUUUGUGA